UCGUUGAACCUAUAAAUGGCCUCACCCAUCUCCUCAUCCCUUCGUAAUGAACAACAAAGCCUGUCUUUUCUUCUCCCAAAUUCCAGUUUAAACCUUGAAAGAAGCAGAUUAAUGGCCUCUCCCCAUGAAAUAGAGGUGACCAUCUCCUCCGCCAAAGACCUCAAAAAUGUUAAUUGGCGCUACGGCCCGAUCAGGCCCUACGUCGUCCUCUGGGUGGACCCAAAAAAUAAGAGUUCCACGAAAGUCGAUAAGGAGGGUGACACGUGUCCCAUCUGGGACGAAACUCUGGUCAUCCCUCUCCCUGGUCCCAUCAACGACGAUACCACUCUCUUCAUCGACGUCGUCCACGCUGGAUCUGAGGAGGAUACCAAGCCUCUCAUCGGCUCCGUUAAGAUGAAGCUCCGAGAAGUCCUCGAAGAAGCCGGCUUCGGAGAAAGCCACAUGAAAACGCUCCGCCUGAAGCGACCCUCUGGGAGACCCCAAGGAAAAGUUGAUGUUAAAGUUUUCAUCAGAGAGCCACGCUAUCAUGCUUAUGAUCCAUACCGGGCACCUCCCUACGCGGUCCCACCACCGGCUUCAAGAGACUACCAAGCAGCUCCGCCAUCUUAUGGUUAUCCAUACGCUCAGCCGCCACCGCCACAAAAUCCUUACUACGCGGCCCCACCAACUGCCUACCCCUACAGUACGUACAAUUAUAAUACUCAGCCGGCCUACGGUGAGGGAAGUGGUGGGUACUACGGGCAAGAGGAGAAGAAGAAGAGUAAGUUUGGAGGGAUGGGGACAGGAUUGGCUGUGGGUGCGGUUGCAGGGGCUUUGGGUGGACUCGCAUUAGCGGAGGGUGUGGAUGCGCUGGAGGAUCAUUUCGAAGAUGAAGUGGCGGAGAAGGUUGAGGAGGAUCUUGGAUACGAUGAUGGUGGCGAUGAUUUCUAAUUUUCCAGACCGUUCUCCAGGUUACAAGGCUGUUUAUGUCAAUUGAUUUAUCGUAUUAUAGUAUAAGUAUUUUUAUUUAAUCAAUUGAUGUAAUGGCCAUUCGUGGUCUUGGUUUGGUCUUUUUUAUGAUUUGCUUUUUGAGUUGAUGGACAUUUUAAUAGUUGCUGUCGUAGGCGAUAAGCUUUGGGUUUUGCAUUGUGGGAUUAUGGCCCACUGCCCAUGAUGAAAAAGACAUAUUUGUCGGAAAUAAAAGCUGAAGUUAGGCAUCUUAUGCCCACCGUAAAACA